AUGAGAUUUGUCUCUUUUGUCUUUCUUAGCAUCUUCAUCACCUUAUCAACCGUUUCUGCGUCUUCAACUUCAGAAAUUACCGACUUGACGACCAAAUCAUUGACCAACUCUGAACGGUUCAAAAGGGGAUUACCACCCAAUGUCCCUAUGAGAAGAUAUAAUGCGACUACUACGAGAAACCAUCUUGCAAGAAGAUCAGCACAAACCACUCCGGUGUAUUUACGAGCUACUCCAUUAGCACCGCCCAUAAGUAACCGUAGGACAGUAAAGGUAUCAGAAAUGGAGAGGGAUGAUACUCCGGUGACUGGGAUAAGUUGGGUUCAAUUCGAUUCUUCGAUAUAUAGAUUUAUUUUGCAUGUCCAUUUCAGAUAUAUACAUACCGAUGGGACCAACCAACAAGUUACUUUCUUCCCUGAGGACGGGACGACUUCUUACAUCUGUGCGGCUACCGCUUCUAGUACUUAUGGAUCUAUGGAUACUUCUCCUUUCACUGCCGUCGUAUUCGGUGCAUGCGGUUCUCAAACUCUCGACGAGGCCUACGGAGCAUAUCAACAAGUUCCCAUUUGGACGACACCUGCCACCUUCCCUGCAUCCGCCGGUAUCACAUACCACAACGCCGAUCAUGGCGAUACGUUGAACCCUUCCUUUUGGAUCUUCAGCAAUGGUUUCGCCAACUAUUAA